CAGUGCCCAAAAAGCGGCCCACGGCUAGAGCGGAGCUGCCAUCGGAUAUGUGGCCUUGGCUGCUGCUGUUGCUCCCAGGAGGCUUCUCCAGGGAGUUUUCCUUGAAGGACAAGUCCAUUUAUUUCAUCGUGGUCGAUCGCUUCGCCCGUGAUGAUGCGUCCAACGUCAGCUACUGCGAUGAGACUGCCGACUGGGUGAAUAAUACCGGCGGCGGCUACUGUGGAGGCACACUGAAUGGAAUUGCGAACCACUUGGAUUACAUCCAGGGUAUGGGCUUCGACUGCAUUUGGAUCACGCCGGUCGUGGAGUCCAAUGGGUACAUGGGCUACGAUGCCGUUGACCUCUGGAAGAUCAAUCGCCACUUCGGGUCGCAGGAGGACUUGAGAGCGUUGUCCAAGGAGCUGCACCUGCGGGAGAUGUGCCUGGUGCUGGACAUCGUGGUGAACCACAUGCGGCCAUUGGUGGUGAAGGGCAAACUGAAUCUGUCUCUGGUGCCCUUCGAUCAGGAGAGCCACUACAACCAGCGCGGUUUGGAGAACCAGAGUUUUGAGGAGUAUUUGCUGGCGUGGCCCCCGCCAGCCUUCGAUCCCUCGGCGGACAACGAGAAUCUGCGGAACUUGUCGAUGGGGUCGAAGGUCUGCGGCCCAGGCGUCUUCGAGCACACGGAGUGCGCCUGCUUCCCCGGGAACUCGGGGCCCAACUGCCCCUCCUUCUCCGAGAAGGACCUCUCCACAGGCUACCUGGGCGUGAUGGGGGAUCUGAACCACAGCCACCCCUUCGUGCGCCAAACGCUGCUGCGAUGGGUCAAGGAAAUGGUCCAGAACUAUAGCCUUGAUGCGCUGCGUUUGGACACGGCCAUCUACUUGGAGCGAGACUUCUUGCCGGAGAUCCAGGCAGCGGCCGGCGUCGAGAUCCUGGGCGAGGCGACCGUCAACAACCUCACCUUCCACGCUUCUCUGCAAGGCGAAAGCGGCGUGGCGGCGCUGCUCAACUUUCCGCCCUUCUACCACCUGCCGGAGGCUUUCUGCGGCUACCGCAUCGGGGGGGUCUUCGGAGACUACUCCAUGCAAGGCACCUGGUUGGACAAGCCGAAUCUCUGGGGCCUGGGGGCCGUGCUGCAGCUGCAGCUGUCGUCGGAUUUCUACGACCACGACCUGCUGGGCAACUUCGCGGACAACCACGACGAGUACAGCCGUUUGGCACACUACUGCAAGCAGGACACCUUGCGAAUACAGCAGGCCCUGGUGUGGGUGAUGACCAUGCAGGGCAUUCCCAUCGUCUACUACGGCACCGAGCAGGGCCUGGAUGGGCAUCAGAGCCCCUCCAACACCAAGGGCCAGGACGCGUUGCGGGAGUCCCUGUGGCAGACCGGAUAUCGCAGAGAUACCUGGCAGUACCUGCUGCUUCGGAAGCUGAACCGACUCCGGCGCCUCUUUGGAUCAAGCCGCGCGGAGAUCCAAAACUUCACGGAGAACACGCUGGUGUUUACCCGGGCGGAUGCCUGGGUCUUCCUGAACAACGCUCCCAACACCACCCAGCUUGUGCCCCAGCGGUACUGCCCUGGCCCCGAGCCCGGCGCAGGCUGGCGAUGGAUUGACGCCCUCUCCGAGGAACCCAUGGACGCCUACUUGGCGGGCGGCUGCUUUGACGCGCCGGACAAGUUUCCAAAGGUGCUGGUGCAGAGAACACGUGCGCCGGUGCUUUUGUAGAAUUCAGUCGGGCGCGUCUCUUUUGAUAAGGGAAACUUCCUUUUGG